CAAUAAAAUUUACCGAAGAAGAAAUCGUAGCUACGGGAAGAACAUGUUGUGUGGUUGGAUGUAAGGUCCGUUCACACGAUCGAAGGGGCAAAACAUUAGACAACUGUCUUUCUUUUUAUUGUUUUCGGACUGGAAACAGAAUGAAGGGAGUCGUGUGUCCGAUGUAACCAAGCAGAGACAGGUGGACUGGAUAUCUAAGACAUCCCACGAUCACUGAAAGUGUGUUCCAGGCGUUUUCAUUCGGGUAAACCAGCAUACGAGAUGGACGAGUCUCAUCCAGACUGGGCUCCAGCCCUGCACCUGGGUCACUCUGAAGUCACAGAUGCAGAAGAAGAGCAUGGGGAUCAAGCGGAGGCAGCUGUGGAAGAGGAAGAAUACAGGGAACCGACAGAAACAGACCAACAAGCGGCUGAGAGACUAAGAGCAGAAUGCCAGUUCUGUGCGCAAAGCAGUGCAGAAGUCACCCGCCUUUUGCAAGAAAAUAGGGAGCUUAGGUCUGAGUUAAACAAAUUGAAGCUGGAUGAAGAGUUUUUCAAAGAUAAUACAGAGAAGGUGCGAUAUUAUACGGGACUUCCAUGUUUCGCAGUCUUGUUUUCAAUGUUUACUACUGUUAAGCCCUUCCUGCCAGUUGCAAAGAAGCUGUCACAGUUUCAAAUGGUUUUACUGACACUCAUUCGUCUAAGGCUUGAUCUUCCGAUCCAGCAUCUUUCACACAUUUUUAAUGUGUCACGUAGCACUCUUUCUGCUACCUUUGCAGACACCAUAGAUGUGCUGUAUGCACGCCUCGCUCCCUUGUUGUACUGGCCUGAGCGGCACUGUUUACAAGCCACAAUGCCACAUCAGUUUCUGCAAGCUUUUGGAAAGCGUGUUGCGAUUAUUGUUGACUGUUUUGAAAUUCGUACGGAGAUGCCGUCAAAUUUAAUGGAGCGUGCACAAUCAUUUUCCCACCAUACAGGUACACACACAAUGAAAUACUUGAUAGGAAUUACACCCCAAGGCCUAAUUUCAUUUAUUUCUAAGGGAUGGGGGGGGCGAGCAUCUGACAUGCACAUAACCGAGAAUUGUGGGCUUCUUAACAAACUGUUGCCUGGCGAUGUAGUGUUAGCAGACAGAGGCUUUAAUAUUAAAGACAGCGUGGGAAUGAUGUGCGCGGAAGUUAUAAUUCCUGCAUUCACUAAACGCAGAUGCCAACUCGAUGUGAAGGAUGUGGAAGACACUCGUGCUAUUGCACACCUUAGGAUACAUGUAGAAAGGGUAGUAGGUAACUUGCGCAAUAAGUACACACUGUUACAUAACACCAUACCAGCUAGUUUGUUGCUUCCCUGUAAGGAUGAAGAAUGUACCCUUCUUGAUAAGAUAGUUAAUGUUUGUUGUAUUCUAGUUAACAUGUGUCCAAGUGUUGUUGUAAGGCCAGAUGAAACAGAAAAAUGUGCAUGUUAAAUGGUAAAAAGACCCCUGGAGAAAUUUGGGGUGUGUGAAUGUGUGCUACCCUGCUGAUAUUGAACAUGUUUGUGUUUGGAGUGUGUGUACCUUCUUUAGAAUGAACACGGUAUGCUAUUUGUACAUUAAAUACUUCAGAUGAAAAUGCAUGACAAUUUGAACAUUAAAAAUGUUUUAAUACAAAAAAAAA